UACUGAAACGAAGUCGUAUCGUUUGCUCUAAACACGGGAAAGGAACGUUGCGUGGACUCGACAUUAUCCGAAAUAAAACUCAGGUGCCAAGGAAUUCAGGGGAAUUUACAGCGUUUUUGGGCACCCUCUGUAUCUCGUGCUCGAUCGAUCCCGUCGGUGGAUCGGUUCGUUGAUAUUUCUCUUCUCUCUAUAGGCAUUUAAGUCUUACUGGUUUUGAAAUGACAAGUGGGUUUGAAGAUUCUACAAGCUGGCCAUCCCAAAGUCCCUCUUUCUCUGGCAAUAAUGCUAAUGGUGAUGCCGGGAACUUUGAAUGCAACAUUUGCUUUGACUUAGCUCAAGACCCUAUUGUUACUCUAUGUGGUCAUCUCUUCUGUUGGCCUUGCCUUUACAAGUGGCUCCACUUUCAUUCACAAUCCCGGGAGUGCCCGGUUUGUAAGGCCCUAGUCGAGGAGGAGAAAUUAGUUCCCUUAUAUGGCAGGGGGAAAACGUCCACUGACCCCAGAUCAAAAACUGUUCCCAAUGACAAUAUUCCCCAUCGCCCGGCUGGGCAGAGACCUGAAACAGCUCCUCCACCUGAUACUAAUCAUUUUGCUCAACAUGGCUUUGGGUUCACGGGAGGGUUAGGUGGAUUUGCUCCAAUGGCAAGUGCUAGGUUUGGGAAUUUCACAUUCUCUGCUGCUUUUGGUGGUCUCAUCCCAUCUUUAUUUAACCUUCAGGUGCAUGGUUUCCCUGACGCUGCCAUGUAUGGGUCAGCUGGUGGCUUUCCUUAUGGUUUUCCAAAUUCAUUUCAUGGUCAUGGCAGCCGUUUUGCCCGUGUAUAUGCUCAACAUCCAGGUCAAGGACAACAAGAUUAUUAUUUGAAGCGGCUGUUUUUGGUUAUUGGCUUUUGCGUUCUCCUUGCUCUUCUUUGGCAAUAGAGUAAAUCUGCUCUCAGGGUCUGAAGCUGCUAACAGUUGUUUAGGUUUCUCAAUCUCUUAUUUGUAAAUCUGUUAGCAAUUUGUGCUUAUAUGUUUUCAGAUUGAGGAAAUUAUUUAUACCAUAUUUUUUUAGUAUCGUCUUAGUUUAGUAGAUGUUGUUCAUCAGCUUGUAGAAUGAGAUUUGAAUGUUUCCGUACAGAAGUGAAGUAUGUUACCCUUAUUAGCUGACUCCUGCUUCCAUUCGAAAGAUUUGGAGAGAACAAAAGGUGGGGUGAUUGGUUAGUUA